AAGGGGAGGAGGCGGAGGCGGGCGCGGUGGUGGCGGCGGCCGGCGCGGCGGCGAAGGCGAGGUUGUGCCCCGGACUGUGUCCACCGAGCUCAGCGGCUCUUUCCUGUGCGUGGAGAAGCAGCGGCGCCGCGAGGCAGAGGAGGAUCGCGGACGAGCGCGGCGGCGGGACGUCUACGGCUGCCGCGGCCCCGGCGGCGCCCGGCGACAAUCGGCGUGGGGAAGCUGCGGCGGCCGCAGCGGCAGCCGCCUCUCCACCACCGGGAAGCCGAGGCGCGGCUGGCGGCGCUGACAUCCGCGGCCCUGCCUCUCCUCCCUCGCCCCCGGCCCUCCCCAUGUGAUCGGUCUUAAUCCCGACCGUGUGCGCGCGUGGGGGCUCCAUUGCGCGGCGCCCGGUGUCGGUGCCGGGGUGGGUGCUCGCGUGCGCUUCUCCUCCCCAUCCCCCGCCCCGUCCCCAAGAAUAAAAGAAGAACCGGGAGGCGUGCUCAGAAAAUAAAUAAAUAACCAGCACACACGCGCAGCCCGGAGCGAGGCGGCGGGGCUGGUGGCGGCGGAGGAGGAGUGAAGGCGGCGGCGGCGGAGGAGGGACGCGCGGAGCCGGCAGUAACUUUCGAGCCAGCCCAGAGCCCGGAGCUCCAGCCGAGCGGUUUGCAGCGCGGCGGCGGCGGCGCUGAGUGUCUGGCCCGCCGGUGCGGUCGGGGUGUGCAGUCGGACGGGACCAGCAGCGCGUCGCUGUCCCCCCCUCCCGGUGACUGGAGAUGUCCGAGCCCAAGGCGAUUGAUCCCAAGUUGUCGACUACCGACAGGGUGGUGAAAGGUAAGCGCAGCGCCGCGGCGGCCCGGGGUGCACCGAGUGCCGCAGGCGACCGUCCGCCCCUCCCCCGCCCCGGUUGUCCCUCUCCAGCUAGCGCCGGGGACCUUCUAGGAUCUCCUGCAAGAGGCGAUCCCCUCCUCCGCCGCGCCCUGCCCCCACACCGCCCACCCGGCCCUAAUGGGGGCUUUUAUUUAUCCGUUCCAUUUCCGCCAAGUCACCGGCUGACAGCAAAGGAAGUGUUUGAUAACGAUGGGAAGCCUCGUGUGGAUAUCUUAAAAGCACAUCUCAUGAAGGAAGGCAGGCUGGAAGAAAGUGUCGCGUUGAGAAUAAUAACAGAGGGUGCUUCGAUUCUCCGACAGGAAAAAAACUUGCUGGAUAUUGAUGCCCCAGUCACAGUUUGCGGGGACAUCCAUGGACAAUUCUUUGACUUGAUGAAGCUCUUUGAAGUGGGAGGAUCUCCUGCCAACACUCGCUACCUCUUCUUAGGGGACUAUGUUGACAGAGGGUACUUCAGUAUCGAAUGUGUGCUGUAUUUGUGGGCCUUGAAAAUUCUUUACCCCAAAACACUGUUUUUACUUCGUGGAAACCAUGAAUGUAGGCACCUAACAGAGUAUUUCACGUUUAAACAAGAAUGUAAAAUAAAGUAUUCAGAACGCGUUUAUGACGCCUGUAUGGAUGCCUUCGACUGCCUUCCCCUGGCUGCGCUGAUGAACCAACAAUUCCUGUGUGUACACGGUGGUUUGUCUCCAGAGAUUAACACUCUAGAUGACAUCAGAAAAUUAGACCGAUUCAAAGAACCACCUGCUUAUGGGCCUAUGUGUGACAUCUUGUGGUCAGACCCCCUGGAGGACUUUGGAAAUGAGAAGACUCAGGAACAUUUCACUCACAACACAGUCAGGGGUUGUUCGUACUUCUACAGUUACCCGGCUGUAUGUGACUUCCUGCAGCACAAUAAUUUGUUGUCCAUACUCCGAGCCCACGAAGCCCAGGACGCAGGGUACCGCAUGUACAGGAAAAGCCAAACAACUGGCUUCCCGUCUCUAAUUACGAUCUUCUCGGCACCAAAUUACUUAGAUGUGUACAAUAAUAAAGCUGCAGUGUUGAAGUACGAGAACAACGUGAUGAACAUCAGGCAGUUCAACUGCUCCCCCCAUCCGUACUGGCUCCCAAAUUUCAUGGAUGUUUUCACCUGGUCGCUGCCAUUUGUUGGGGAGAAAGUGACUGAGAUGCUGGUAAACGUCCUGAACAUCUGCUCAGAUGAUGAACUGGGGUCAGAAGAAGAUGGAUUUGACGGAGCCACGGCUGCAGCCCGGAAGGAGGUCAUCAGGAACAAGAUCCGAGCAAUAGGCAAAAUGGCCAGAGUAUUCUCAGUUCUCAGAGAAGAGAGUGAGAGCGUUCUAACUCUGAAGGGCCUGACCCCGACUGGCAUGCUCCCCAGCGGAGUGCUCUCUGGCGGGAAACAAACUCUGCAAAGCGCUACUGUUGAGGCCAUUGAGGCUGAUGAAGCCAUCAAAGGAUUCUCACCACAACAUAAGAUUACCAGCUUCGAGGAGGCCAAGGGCUUAGACCGAAUUAACGAGAGGAUGCCGCCUCGCAGAGACGCCAUGCCUUCCGACGCCAACCUUAACUCCAUCAACAAGGCUCUCGCCUCAGAGACUAACGGCACAGACAGCAACGGCAGUAAUAGCAGCAAUAUUCAGUGACCACUUCCUGUUCACUUUUUUUUUUUUUGAGCUGCAGGGCAUGAUGGGUUUGCUGCAUCUCAGCAGUUGGAUGUUCUUGCCUCUGACGGUAGCUUGUUUGCUCUGGGGGGGCCAGGAAUUGGAUUCAGUUUACACUAUCAUGAAAAAAAAAAAGAGGGAGAGAGAGAGAGAUAAUAAAACUAUAUUUUGGUGAGGGUGGUGAUUAAACACCUCUUUUGGGUAUGCCUUUAAAAAUGCUUCUAGGAAAAAAAAAGUUUUAAAAAGAAAGCUAAUGCUAGUCUAUACUUCAAUGUUAGGGGAAUGAACACGUUUUCCUAGCGCACUGGGGACUUUUAGAUAGGUUAAUGAAAGGCCUUUUAUUCUGUUACUGGACACGAAAACUUUGUCUAAUUUCUUAUACUCUAUUGUACGUUUACAGUCGCAGCACUAAAAAUGGAUGACAUCAAACAUUUUUAAACAGAAAAAAAAGAUGUACAAACUAAAUAAGGACUAUUUAUUGAUAAUGUUUUGCUACUCUUGUCAGACAAUGGCUAUAAACUGAAUUAGGCAGUCUUAAAAAAAAUAAAAAAAAAAUAAAAAAAAAACCUGGGGGGAAAAAAGAAUGUUGCAAAUUUGUUUAAAUGACAAAAAAAAAAAAAAGGAAAAAAAGAAAACAGAAAAAAAAAAGGACAGUUUAAUUUUGUAUAGCUCAUGCUUACCUCAGGAUUCUUUAGUUUGCUUGAAUGCCCUUCUUUCCAUAGAACAUUCUUAAUUUGGCAGUGAAUACAUUUUCUUUAAGUUUAAAAAAGAAAAGAAAAGAAACUGGAAUAAUUAUACCCACCUUUUUUUGAUGUUUAUAUUUAGGGGUUUUGUUGAUAAAUCAAGUCUUGGUUGUGGCUUGCUGAAUUCAAUAUUUAUGAGUGGUGCAUUUUUAAGUAUAGUGAACGCGAACCAUAGUGCGGUGAUGAAGCCCUCGAUAUUCUGUAAAAAACAAAAACAAAAAAAAAAAUCUGCCUAUGCAUGUUUUUUAAGAAAAAAAAACUAAAAUAAAAUGGCUGUCUCGGCCUGUAUGGGACUGCAAUGCGCUUCGCGGCCUGACAUAUACUGGAAAUGUAUUAGACUGGCAUUCUUUAUAUUCUCUUAAUUGCUUAAUGCCUUUGAAAUUUUGUAAUCAAAACAAAAGCUUUGAAAAAAUCUAAAGGGGAGAGUAUUCUUAAAAGUUUUUAACAUAAGCUUGUCAGUGCACACAUAGAUGGUCGGCAUGUUUAGCAAACUUUGUGAAAUUUAAAUAAGUUUGUAGUUACAUGUGAAACUCUAAAUGCAUGGUAACCGUUGAUGUCAUAACAGUUUAGUUAUUUCGUUCUGUUCUGUCAUGUGCCACAAAAUACGUACUUUUUUUCACCUUUUUUUUGUUUUUUUGGUUUUUUGUUUUUUUGUUUUUUUUUGUUUUUUUUGUUUUUUUGCCCUUUGUAUAUUAGUUGAGGUUACAACUGGUUCAUUCUGAAAACAACGACGACAAACAGCAAAAAAGUCCAUUCAUAUUUUUUAACAAUUGUAUAAGUGCCCAAGUCAUUCACUACACCCUCAAGCCUUGCCUUUGUAAUUUGACUUCUGAAAUGUCGGCGAUCAAAGCAUGCACCUGUACCAAUGACAAAAGAAAAAGCAUUUUAUAUUACUACUCAAUAAAAUGUGCAUGAACUUAAAGAA